UAGAACAUCGAUGAAUGAUCAAACUGUGGUUUCGAACCAACUUUCUCCAAUAGAAACGAGUAUUUGUGGUGCCGUAGCGGGUGCAGUUUCCAGACUAGUUGCUUCUCCACUUGACGUAGUCAAAAUACGUCUUCAGCUUCAAACUGGAAUAUCAACAUUUGGCCUUACUUCAAAGCAACAAGUAUCUCAAUCAAAAAUUAUAGGAAGAAAGUAUAAUGGCAUGUUGCAUGCUAUUAGUAUGAUUAUAAGGGAGGAAGGUAUUAGGGGGUUAUGGAAAGGAAAUCUUUCUGCUGAAUAUUUGUAUCUUUCAUAUG